AGAAGCUGUGUGAUUUAAACCAAGAGCAAGCACUCGUCCUGCAUAGCAGCGCUCAGAACUACACCCGAGAUUCAAAUAUACUCCACACGACAAGAGGGACUUCACACAGCUCCGCCAUGCUGUGCCUUGCUCUGUUUAUCGUCUCCGCAGCUGUCGCCACCCCUCUGUUGGGUACUGAACAGUGUGCCCGUGGUCCUCCCUACUGGUGCCAAAAUGUGAAGACUGCCUCCAUCUGUGGCGCCGUAGUCCACUGCCAGCAGAACGUAUGGAACCAGCCCCAGAUGAAAUCCGUGCCAUGUGACCUGUGUAAGGGGUUGCUGAUUGCGGUAGACCAGCUGCUGAACAACAAUGCUACUCAGGGUGAGAUCCUGGACGUCCUGGAGAAGGCCUGUCACCUGAUCCCUGACAAGAGCCUGGCUGCAGAGUGUAAAGAGACGGUGGACAAAUACUACGCUAUCCUCAUUGGUAUCAUCGCUGGAGAGCUGAUGAACCCUCAGGUGGUGUGUGGUGCCAUAGGUCUGUGUGACUCCCAGCAGGCAGCUCUGGCCAGACUCCAGUCUCAGAUCCAGUCUAACCAGAUCCCACAGCUCACGUCCAAUGAGAUUCCUCAGGAAGACCUGGCCCAGAGGGUCGCCCCCUUCCUCCUCAACAUCCCUGGGCUCCUCUACCCCCAGGCGCAGGAGAACACCAAGAAAGAGGUUCCUAAACAGGAGGCUGGAGACUUGUGUGAGGACUGUGUGAAGUUCAUCACAGACUUCCAGGACGAGGCGAAGAGAAACACUACCUUCGUCAACUCUCUGAUCGAACGGAUCCAGAGCCAGUGUGACCUGCUGGGGCCUGGAAUCUCUGACAUGUGCAAGCAGUAUAUCAGCCAGUACGCUCCUCUCGUCGCCCUGCAGCUCAUGUCCAUGCAACCUAAAGACAUCUGUUCCCGCGCUGAGUUCUGCUCUGCAGAGGUGAAGAGCUCUGUCCCCAUGAUGAACCUGGUGGCUGCCAAGGCCGUCCCUGCUGUCAAACUGGUCCCUGCCACUAAGCUGGACGCUGCGAAGCCCGCCAAGAACAUGGUGCACGCCCUCGCCUCCCCUCAAUGUAUCGCAUGCGAGUUCAUUAUGAAGGAGGUGGAGAGCAUGCUGGGGGAUGAGAAGACGGAGCAAGAUGUGGUGCGUGUGUUGGAGAAGGUGUGCUCUGUGCUGCCGGCCUCCCUGUCAGCCCAGUGUAAGGAUCUGAUUGAGUCCUACGGCAAGGUCAUCAUUGAGCUGCUGUUACAGGAGGCCGACCCCAAGACUAUCUGCACCGCGGUGGGGCUCUGCCAGGACGCCAGCCGUGACUUCAUCCCGGUGUUGGACCAGUCCCAGGUCGCGGCGGGAGGCUCCUGUGACAUCUGCAAGAUGGCUGUGCGUUACAUCGACGGGAUCCUGGAACAGAACGCCACACAGGCUCAGAUUGAAGACGCAGUCAGGAAAGUCUGCAGCCUUGUCCCGGAGGCCGUCAGGGGCGAGUGUAACCAGCUGGUUGAGCAGUAUGAGCCCAUGCUGGUUCAGCUCCUGCUGCAGAUGUUGGACCCUGACUUUGUCUGCAUGAGGGUGGGAUUGUGUCCCGAGGCAGUGCAAAGUCUUCUGGGUAUGGACCAGUGUAGCUGGGGACCUGCGUUCUGGUGCAAGAACAUGGACUCUGCAAAACUGUGCAACGCCGUGGCACACUGCAGGCGUCACGUGUGGUAACAGAAGAACGGAUAAAGACCAAUCUAAACCUUUCAGGAGAAAUACUGUUGCACUGAUGUUUUUUUUUAAUCAAUAAAUGUGUCCUGUUUUCUUAAA